GGGUCCCCGGCACCCCCACCCCGCCGCCCCCCGCGGUGCCCGGCCCGGGGCGCCUGCUAGGCCGAGCGCGGCGCGGCGCGGGGCCCUGGCGGGCGCCCUCCCCCCUGUCCCGCCGCGCUCGGCCCGGGGCGCCGUGAGGGCCGCGGUGCGGGGGUGGCUGUGACGCCCGCCGGCCGUGGCGGUGCUGGGGGCCGGGCCGAGCCCGCGGGCGCUGGGGGCUGCGCGCGCCGCCGGUCGUGCCGCCCUUCCCGGCCGCCGCCGCCGCGCUCGCACGUCCCGGGCGGAGGCGCGAGAGGCACAGUCCGCGCCCGGGCCGGGGCCCUGCCGUGGCACCCCUCGCCGCGCCUCACGCGCGGUGCUGGUCUCGUGGCUGGCACGGCGCGGCGCGGUGUGGUGUGGCGUGUCGCGGCGCAGGGCGCUCGCCUGUGCCCAGCUCCCGGGAGCGCGGCCAGGCCGGGCACAGCGCGCAGCUGCCCGGCGCCCGUGGAGGCAGGACGGGGCGACGGGCCGCAUGUUCCCAGGCACCCGCGCAGCGAGGGCGAGACCGCGGGCGCGUCGCCGUUGGCGGCUGUGUGGCGGGGAGCGCGAGCGGUGCUGCGCUGCGCUGCGCCGCGCCGGGAGAAGGGGGCGUGUGGGCCGCGGCCCGGGGCGGCCGUCCCGCCAGCAGCCCGGCGUGCGGCACGGGGCCGUGUGCUGGCCGGAGCUGUCCUGGGCCCGCGGGGGGGUCCGAGCGCUGCCCGAGGGCUGCGUGGGGGUCGCUGCACCGGCCGGCCCGCGCUGGCAGCUCCGCUUGCUGCCCUCUGCGCACGAGCAGCGGCUCCUUGACGCCCACCCAGCAGAUGGGUUUGGAUGGGAAUUCGCGGCCUCUUUCAGGGACGAAUAGCAGGGAGGAAGCGUCGCCGCCCCGCGGGCGAGCAACAGCACUGUGGCCUCUGGCCUCGGGGAGGCUCCUGUGCCUGCCGGGUGCCCUGUCGCUCGUGGCGCCAGGCCUGUGCCGGGCGAGGCAGGACCUCAGAUUGGCACCCGCUGCUUUCUGGGCAAGGCUUUUCCAGUCUGCUGCCCCUCGGGGUGGGUUGUAAUGUUUGGGCCCUGCGAAGAGUGGCCUCAGCCUUGCCGUGCCGGGCUGGGUGCCCGGGCUGGCGCUGAGGCCGAGCUCUGGGCACUGCCAGGCCGUGCAGCCUGCGAUGGAGAGAGGCGCCCUGCGUCCCCGUGGGGACGGAGCCUGCACACUGCCGGCUGCCCCAGAGUCUGCCCCAGAGGAGCGCGGCUUCCUCACCAUGGCGAGCGGCCAGCUCCCGCCCUGCCUCCGGACCAGGCCCAGCCACGCUCUCGAGUAGCCAGGGCGCUUCAGUGUCGGUCCACGUGUUCUGUGGCUUUGGGACGGGCCGCGCUGCAGCUGUCUUGUGCGUUGCGUGUUGAUGCCGCUGGGGUGGUGUCCCCACAGCUGGGGUGGGUCUGGACUGCCCGGAUCCCCAGCUGAGUGUUUGAUGCCUUCCCUUUCACCCAGCUCCGACCGGAGGACUCGAUGGCGUCUCCUUCCCCAGCCCUGCCCGGUGGGGAAGGAACUUGGGGCGCAAGUCUGUCCCUGCUUGCAGUUGGGAAGGGGGCAGGGAGUGCUGCCGUCCCCCCCCCCCCCGCAUAUGGUCUCCCUGACCAGCUAAAGGCCUGAGGAUCAGGGCUGGAAAGUCACCUUCACUCUCACCCCCCUCCCAGCCUCCUGUCCUAGCCAGUGACCUUGGCUGCAGGAGCUCACAAGCGCACUGUCCUGUGCGCUGAAUUAGCUGGCAGCCCGGAACAUGCAGCACUAGCGGGAUGGUCGGCUCCCCGGACUGUGAUGUCGUCCCUGACGACCCCCACUGAGGGCGAGGGCUCCGCUCCCAGGUUUUUUGUUGGUUCCAGAGAUGAUGAGACAGACUGCCUGGGACCAGACAUGAACCCUGACGAGAUCGACUUCUUUGAGGAUGAGGAGGAGGAGGAAUCGCCCCCGGAGCGGCAGAUUGUGGUGGGGAUCUGUGCCAUGACCAAGAAGUCCAAGUCGAAGCCCAUGACUCAGAUCCUGGAGCGCCUGUGCAAGUUUGAGUACAUCACAGUGGUGGUGAUGGGUGAGGACGUCAUCCUGAAUGAGCCCGUGGAGAACUGGCCGCUUUGCGACUGCCUCAUCUCCUUCCACUCCAAAGGAUUCCCUCUGGACAAGGCCGUGGCUUACGCCAAGCUGUGCAAGCCCUUCCUGAUCAACGAUCUUGACAUGCAGUAUUACAUCCAGGACAGGCGGGAAGUGUACCGGAUCCUGCAGGAGGAGGGCAUAGACCUGCCCCGCUAUGCUGUGCUCAAUCGCGACCCCGACAAGCCGAACGAGUGCAACCUGGUGGAGGGCGAGGACCAUGUGGAGGUGAAUGGCAUCAUGUUCCCAAAGCCAUUUGUAGAGAAGCCAGUCAGUGCCGAGGAUCACAACGUCUACAUCUACUACCCGUCCUCCGCCGGUGGGGGCAGCCAGCGGCUCUUCCGGAAGAUUGGCAGCCGGAGCAGCGUGUACUCCCCUGAGAGCAGUGUGCGGAAGACGGGUUCAUACAUCUAUGAGGAGUUCAUGCCCACGGAUGGCACAGAUGUCAAGGUAUACACAGUGGGGCCGGACUACGCCCAUGCAGAAGCUCGGAAGUCCCCAGCACUGGACGGGAAGGUAGAGCGGGAUAGUGAGGGGAAGGAGAUCCGCUAUCCAGUCAUGCUGACAGCCAUGGAGAAGCUGGUGGCCAGGAAAGUCUGUGUGGCCUUUAAGACGGUCUGCGGCUUCGACCUACUGCGUGCUAACGGGCACUCCUUCGUCUGCGACGUGAAUGGCUUCAGCUUUGUGAAGAACUCCAUGAAGUACUACGAUGACUGCGCCAAGAUCCUUGGGAACAUCAUCAUGCGGGAGUUGGCCCCCCAGUUCCACAUCCCCUGGUCCAUCCCCACGGAGGCUGAGGACAUCCCCAUCGUCCCCACCACCUCAGGCACCAUGAUGGAGCUGCGCUGUGUGAUCGCGGUUAUACGGCACGGGGACCGCACGCCCAAGCAGAAGAUGAAGAUGGAGGUCAAGCAUCCCAGGUUCUUUGAGCUGUUCGAGAAGUACGAUGGCUACAAGACGGGGAAGCUGAAGCUGAAGAGACCAGAGCAGCUGCAGGAAGUGCUGGACAUUGCGCGCCUGCUCGUGGUGGAGCUGGGGACACAGAAUGACAGCGAGAUGGAGGAAAGGAAAUCCAAGCUGGAGCAACUGAAAAGUGUCCUCGAGAUGUAUGGACACUUCUCUGGAAUCAACCGCAAGGUGCAGCUGACCUACCUGCCCCAUGGGCACCCGAAAGCUUCCAGUGAAGACGAAGAGGCCCGCAAGGAGGCUGCCCCAUCACUGCUGCUGGUGCUGAAGUGGGGGGGAGAGCUGACCCCAGCAGGACGCGUCCAGGCGGAGGAGCUGGGCCGGGCCUUCCGCUGCAUGUACCCUGGUGGCCAAGGGGACUAUGCUGGCUUCCCAGGCUGCGGCCUGCUGCGACUGCACAGCACCUACCGCCACGACCUCAAGAUCUAUGCUUCGGAUGAGGGCCGUGUGCAGAUGACGGCUGCUGCUUUUGCCAAGGGGCUGCUGGCACUGGAGGGGGAGCUGACGCCCAUCCUGGUGCAGAUGGUGAAGAGUGCCAACAUGAACGGGCUGCUGGACAGCGACAGCGACUCCCUUAGCAGCUGUCAGCACCGUGUGAAGGCCCGACUACACGAGAUCAUGCAGAAGGACACCAUGUUCGGUGAUGAGGACUACGAGAAGCUGGCGCCUACGGGCAGUGUCUCGCUGACCAACUCUAUGGCAUUCAUUCAGAACCCCGUGGAGGUCUGCAACCAGGUCUUUGCCCUGAUUGAGAACCUCACCACCCAGAUACAGAAACGGUUGGAGGAUCCCAAAUCUGCAGACCUGCAACUGUACCACAGCGAGACGCUGGAGCUGAUGCUGCAGCGCUGGAGCAAGCUGGAGCGGGACUUCCGCAUGAAGAACGGGCGCUAUGACAUCAGCAAGAUCCCUGACAUCUAUGAUUGUAUCAAAUAUGAUGUGCAGCACAACGGCACCUUGCAGCUGGAGGGCACAGCCGAGCUCUUCAAGCUUUCCAAGGCCCUGGCAGACGUGAUCAUCCCCCAGGAGUAUGGAAUCAGCAAGGAGGAGAAGCUGGAGAUCGCCAUCGGCUUCUGUCUCCCCCUUGUCAAGAAGAUCCAGCUAGACCUGCAAAGGACCCACGAGGACGAGUCUGUCAACAAGCUGCACCCGCUGUAUUCCCGAGGGGUGCUGUCGCCUGGCCGCCAUGUCCGGACACGUUUGUACUUCACCAGCGAGAGCCACGUCCACUCCCUGCUCAGCAUCUUCCGCUACGGUGGGCUCCUGGAUGAGAGCAAAGACCAGCAAUGGAAGAGAGCCAUGGACUACCUGAGCGCCGUCUCAGAGCUCAACUACAUGACCCAGAUCGUGAUCAUGCUCUACGAGGACAACAACAAGGACCCAUCCUCAGAGGAGCGAUUUCACGUGGAGCUGCAUUUCAGCCCUGGGGUGAAGGGCUGUGAGGAGGAUGGAAAUGUCCCUACAGGGUUUGGCUUUCGCCCUGCAUCAGCGGAGAACGAAGAGAAGAAGCCGGACCAGGGCAGCAUGGAGGAUCUCUCCAAGGUGAAGAACAUCACUGAGACAGACCGAGCGCAGCUGAGGUCACCGCUGCCCUCCGAGAUGGUCAGCGUCCAGCGGAGGUCACCCCUCAUCCGGAACCGCAAAACAGGGUCCAUGGAGGUGCUGUCUGAGUCCUCCUCCAAGUCGGGUGGGUAUCGCCUCUUCAGCACCUACUCCAGGCAAGCGUCUGAAAUGAAGCAAAGUGGCCUAGGGUCGCAGUGCACCGGGCUGUUCAGCACCACUGUGCUGGGAGGCUCCUCCAGCGCCCCCAACCUCCAGGACUACGCGCGCAGCCACGGCAAGAAGUUUGCCACCAGCCUGACCUACAAAGACGAGCUCUUGUCUAUGCCAGCCGUAAAACGAUUUUCUGUGUCGUUUGCAAAGCAUCCGACUAAUGGUUUCGAAGGCUGCUCCAUGGUCCCCACCAUCUACCCGCUGGAGACGCUGCACAACUCCCUCUCGCUGCGACAGGUCAACGCGUUCCUGACAGCGCUGUGCCGCAGCUGCAGUGUCUCGCACGCACGCUCCUCUUCAGCCCUUUUCGACUCCAUGAUGGGGACCCCGGCGCCUGGGGACCCGUUCCUGUCACAGAGGAUCCUCUCGGCGUCUGCCCUGCCGCUGCGCCCGCGCUCGGACAAGCCGCCGUGGUACAGCAGCGGCCCCUCCAGCACGGUCUCCAGCGCCGGCCCCUCCUCCCCGGCCUCCAUGGAGAACUACGCGCGCUUCAGCUUCACCGAGAAGCCGUCCAUCAGCCCCCAGAGGAGCGAGGAGAGGCUGAGCGGCCAGGCCCCUGCACCGGGCGAGGAGAGGCUGAGCGGCCAGGCCCCUGCACCGGGUGAGGGGGAGGCCCCGGGGCUGGGCCAGAGCGAGGGAGAAGGGGAGCCCCCCGAGCCCCAGGUAGAGGGGGAGCCUGGGCCGGAGGGUGAGGCUGGGGGGCCUGAGGCAGGACUCGCCGGGGAGCUGGCGGAGCCUGGUGAAGAGCAGGCCCCCGAGCAGGUGGAGGGGGCAGUGGCAUGGGGGGAGGCAGAGCCUGCCGGGGAGGUGCUGGAGCUGGCCGAAGCGGGGAAGCCGGCCCCGGAGGAGACGCUGGCAUCACGCAACGAGGAGUCAGAAGGGGACAGCACUGGGCCUGGCCCCCCGGCUGAGGACACGGCGUCGCAGCCCCCUCCUCAGGACGUGCACAACUAGCCGCUUCCUCCAGGCCAGCGAGGUGCAUGAACCGCAGUCAGCGCCGCACACAGCCGGUCGCCACGUCUCUCCUGCCACGGGCCCAGCCCCAGCACCCUGAGCCUGGCCCAUGCAUCACGCACGGGACGAGGAUGCCGGAGUCUGCUCCUUGCUGGCUGACCAGGACCGCCCCGGCCCCUAGCUGGGAAACAGCCCCAGGCCUGGCAGAGGGUCGGCGGGGAGCGGGACACGCUGGUGCUGGGCAGAGCUGGGUCCUGGCGCAGCAGAGGUGGGGGCAGGGGGCUGCAGCUGCUGGGGGGAGAGGAUGAAGGCAGGAGCUGGCUUAGCCCCCGGCUCCGCAGAGGGGCUGGGCUGCGGCAGGCACCGGUGUUGCGACAGCCACAAGCUGCAGCCACGCAUGCAGAGCCAGUGUUUGUGCCAGCUGCCACAGCAGGCCCAGGGAGGCAGCUGCCAGCACCGGCAGUGGGGUCCGGGCUCCCAGCUCUGCCGGGCGGUGUGGGUGUUUGGUGGCUGGCCUGGCUGCGCACGUGGGGCGAGUGGGAGCAGAGCCGGCUGGCGACGGCCUGGUGUAGGACUCUGCUGCUGAUGCUGCUGCUCCCCUUUGCUGCUGGGGAAGAGCCGGCAGAGCGCAGGCUGGGCUCAGGGCAGCGCCUCCGGCCGACCUGGGCUGGGCGGCAAGGGGUGCAGGGAAUACGGGUCCGUCCCGUGCCAGGAUGGGCCAGCGCUCGCACUCGGACCGCCUGUGUGCCGGGAGCUGAGGCUGCUGCUGAACAAAUCAGGGUUUGUUAGUGAGAAACCAAUGAGGAGAAAUCUAUUGUACAUAGAGCAAAAGUCUAUUAAUAUAUAUUUAUGUGUACGCGGGGCACUGCGGGGAGGCCGGGGCUGCGGUGGGGCCUCUCCAGCCGCCGGCUCCAGCGCCCGCCCGUGCACCCCUGUGUCUGGUGCUGGUGGGUCUGUGUCUGUAGGACUCGUGCUCUCUGGUGAAGCUGUACCCAAAGAUCUCCGUGCUGUGUUGCCGUGAGUGUGUGUUCACAGUAAACGUCUUUGCUGUG